GAGAAUGGGCUGGUGGCCGUAGCUUGGCUGCUACCUAUUCCCGUGCCCACUCCCUUUACCAUAUCACGUUCCAACGAUACCCUUUCUCUUACCACAACCUUUAUUGGCCUUGUAGUAGUCUUCUUCUUCUUCUUCUUCCUCUUAUACUUUUUAUUGCUUACCUGCUCUCGUUCUCUCUCUCUCUCUCUGCUGACCUAAAUCCACUCAAGAUACUUAUUCCUCUCUCUCUCUCUCCCUUUUCUCUGCUAUAAUACCCCCGUCUACAAGGGAUCAAUCGACUGCUCAACCUGUAACCCUCCUCCCUUGCACUUGGCCUGUACUACAAUCUACCACAACCUCCCUCAUCAUGCUUUGAAACAAGGGGGUACAGACAACAAGAAAGUGGUUGUUUUCGUUUGGCAUGGUAGCGGCAGACUCGGCAUGGCUUGGAGUGCGCAUUCUGGCGCGGGCACGGUGAAAUUGCCCCGCUCUUGGCAGCCUGUUGUCAUAUUCUCCUCCCCUUUUCUCCUUCUCUCUCGGGAUUUGUUGACAUUAUCUGAUAUGGAUGUGUAUAUUGCCUGCCAUGGUGCUGAGGAUUGGCUUGUGCAUGUCUUGGAUCGCUUGGAACUGCCUAUCGUUGUGUGGUGGUAAUGCUUUAGUGGUAAUGGGUAGUCAGUCAAUCAAACGUUCAGGUUACAAG